AUGCCGAUUGAGAUCGUGUGUAAAAUCAAAUUUGCUGAAGAGGAUGAGAAGCAGAAGGAGAAAGAAGAAGGGGACAAGGAGAGCCUGAUCGAGGAGCCUGCCCGGCCCCGCUCCCGGGAUCUGGCCACCUUUGCCAGCACCAGCACGCUGCACGGCUUGGGACACAUCUGCCGGUCGGGACGGCUGGGCGUGCGCCAGACCCUCUGGGCAUUUGCCUUCCUGGCCUCCCUCGCCUUCUUCCUCUACCAGGCGGCCAAGUCGGCGCUGCUCUACCUGGAGCACCCCCACGUCAUGGCCCUGGACGAGGAGGCCAUCCGUGAGAUGGUGUUCCCGGCCAUCACCAUCUGCAACAUCAACCGCUACCGCCACUCGGCACUCACCGACGCCGACAUCUUUCACUUGGCCAACAUGACCGGGCUGCCUCCCAAGGACCGGGAUGGUCACAAGGCCACGGACUUGCUCUACCCUGACCCCGACAUGGCUGACAUUGUCAACCGCACCGGCCACCAACUCGACGACAUGCUCAAGAGCUGCAACUUCAGCGGCGAGAACUGCUCAUCCCGCGAUUUCACUGUGGUCUACACACGCUAUGGUAAGUGCUACACCUUCAAUGGGGAUCGAAGGAAUCCACGUGUGACCCGCCAAGGUGGCAUGGGCAACGGGCUGGAGAUCAUGCUGGACAUCCAGCAGGAAGAGUACCUGCCCAUCUGGAGAGAGACCAAUGAGACAUCAUUUGAAGCUGGCAUCCGGGUCCAGAUCCACAGCCAGGAUGAGCCACCCUAUAUCCAUCAGCUGGGCUUUGGUGUCUCACCUGGCUUCCAGACCUUUGUGUCCUGCCAGGAGCAGCGGCUCACCUACCUGCCACAGCCGUGGGGGAACUGCCGGGCCAGCAUGCAGGGGGAGCAGCUGCUGCCUGGCUAUGACACCUACAGCAUUGCUGCCUGCCGCCUCCAGUGUGAGAAGGAGGCUGUGGUGCAGAGCUGCCACUGCCGCAUGGUCCAUAUGCCAGGCAAUGAGUCCAUCUGCUCCCCUAAUGUGUACAUCGAGUGUGCUGACCACACGCUGGACGCAGCAGUGGAGGACAGCCAGGAGCGCUGCAGCUGCCCCACACCGUGCAACCUGACACGCUAUGGCAAGGAGAUCUCCAUGGUCCGCAUCCCCAACAAGGGCUCAGCGCGCUACCUCGCCCGCAAGUACAACAAGAACGAGACCUAUAUUCGGGAGAACUUCCUGGUGCUGGACAUCUUCUUUGAGGCGCUCAACUAUGAAGCCAUUGAGCAGAAGAAAGCCUAUGACCUUGCUGGGCUUCUCGGGGACAUUGGGGGGCAGAUGGGCCUGUUCAUCGGUGCCAGCAUCCUCACCAUCUUGGAGAUCCUGGACUACAUCUAUGAGGUGAUCCGAGAUAAGGUGAGCCGGGUCCUGCGCCGCUCCAAGCCACCUCUGAAGAAGCCCUCAGGCAGCAUCGCCACACUGGGAUUGGAGGAGAUGAAGGACCAGAGCCCCUGUGAGACACUGGGUCGGCACGUGGAGGGCGCCUACAAUGCGGGCAUCCUGCCCAACCACCACCACCGCCACCACUAUCCUCACCAGGGAGUCUUCGAGGACUUCGCCUGCUAGGCAAGAUUGGGUUUGGGGGGCAGCCCCCUGUCACCCCCCUCCCCAGUGUUCUCAUGGAGAGGGACUGUGGCACUGGGUGCGGUGGGCACAGGCCCCUGCCUCCCCCACCCCACUGCCAGCACCAGCCACACCGUUCGCCCCCAGUGAUGCCACUGGAGCUGCCUCAGCACCGGCACUGGAGCAGCCCCCUGGCCCUUUUGCCUGUCCCCUCUGCUUGCCCCUAGCACGUGGGCUCAGCCCAGUUUCAAGCACACAGCGUGGAGGGGGAUGGGCAUGCCAGGGGGGUUUGGGGGAGCAGCAGGUGUGGGCUAGAGAGGCCCUGGUGCUGCAGAGCAUGAAGGGGGUAAGCUGAGGUUCCUGUGAGCCCCUCCAAGCCCUCCCUUGCUGACCCCUCCUGGGUGGUGGUCUUUGCCCUGCAUGGUUUUCCUUAGGAGAGAGACAUGCCUGGAACAGCUUCUUUCUGCCCAGGACCCACCUCCUCCCCUUCCUGCUGCAGGGCAGGGCAGCAUUGCAGGGCACCCCUCUGAGCAGCAUGGCCCCCGUGGCCAGCCCAGGGACACCCCAACUGCAGCCACACCUGCAUGGCACCACCCUGACCCCUGGCACUACCACCACCACUGUGACACGCCCCUAAACAUCUGCCCACCCUUGCCCAACCUCAUGCAGUCUCUCAGGGCUGCAGCCCCUCCAUCACUGUUCCCAGCCAGACCCCUGCACUGUGACUCCCCCUGCCACUCCAGUAUUGGCCCCCAGUAAUCCCCCGUCAUUUCAGCACUGCAAACCUACUGCCUCCCCCGUCUCCUGCCCCAAUCUGUUGUGAACCCAUCCUCUCCUUGCCCAGCUAUUGCCCAGAGUGGCUCAUCCCUUGGUGUAGCUGCCCGGCACAGCCCAGGCAGCGUGGCGGGUCCUGCCCUCACUCCCCUGCCUGUCGCUGCUCUUUUGCACCAUGCACGUACCCCUUGCCAUGCUCCCAGCCCCAGGUGCUGAGCAUCCUCUGUGCCUCCCCCAGACUGCACAUGGUUAGGAGGGUGCUCUGUGCCCAGCCCUGUCCAGACAGCCACAGUCCAGCCCACUGGCCGGAGCCUUGGCCAAAACUGGCACCCACAGUCCUCCUGCCUGCCCUGAGAUGGUAGGACGCACAGCAGGACGCACGGCAGGACCCACAGCACUUCCCCUGUCCUGUUCUACAUUGCCUCCACCCCCUCCACUGUAGCAGCAGACACCAGCGCAGGGCAAACUGCCCCAAAAUAUCUCAGGAGGGGGGGCAAGCUGGCAAAGCCCCCCUCAACACACACACUUGGCAGAGGGGGACCCCAGGGCAGGAAUUUGGGACCUCUGGGGAAGGCUGGGGCUGAGCCAGGCAGCCUCUGGCCCUGCUGGUUUGGUCCCCAUCCUUGGUGCCCACCGAUGGAUCACGGCCAUGUUGUGCCAUGCCCAAAGCCAUAGAUGCAGGAGGAGCCAUCAUCCCUGCAGCCCUCAAGGCCCCACACAUGGGAGGCGCAGGGCAGGAACCAGGGCACCAGCAGCCCUGGCUCUGGGUCUGCAUGGUCCAACAGCUCCCCUGAAGUAUGCACCCACGUGUAAGCAUGUUCCCGUGGGU